CAUGUGCUUGACGGGAUCCCCUAAAAGAAAAUGUGUCCAUUGAAGCUGCUAGCGAAAUCCCGGAUGAAUGAAUCUUUCACCGAUAUUUGGGGGUUGAGAAGAGUUGGAGUGAACUGUGCUUCACUGAAUACCGACGAGGGGGCUACGUCAUAUCUACGAGGAAGGGUAGCACGAGGUCGGAUUUGCGACGACGAGGUGGACGCGAGACAUUUGCGAGAGCAUUCCAACCCCGCUACCUUUUACAUUCCUUAACUGCGCUUUGGUUGUACACAAACAGUGCGACGACUGGUACAUAUUCAUCCCUUGGGAGAAUCUUAGAUGGGGGAUUGCUUGCAUGGGUUGUCCAGCAUAACUUGAGUUUCAGAGAGAGUACGAGUUGUGAGGGAAAGAACACAAACCGUGGCUCGACGACGACGAGGCGGUGACUUGAACACGCAUACUGAGGUUACGUCUGACGACUUACUACGCUGAGAGUAGAAGAUUUGGCAGUAGCAGAAAUGGCAGAUCUCUCGCGCGACACAGAUGGGCCUGCACCGCAUAGUCCAGAAGGCUUCGAUCCCUCCCUCCUCCCGGAUUUCAACUACGAGUUCCUCUCCUACGACGAUGUGAUCGCCUUCGCUAACGCACUUGCGGCACCUGAAUCCGGCGCGUUGGAAGAGUCCUCGAGCAUGGGAGUUGGUGGCUUGGGAGAGAGGAGGGGGAGUUCGAUUAGUACUAUGAGCAUGUUCGAUGAUGGAGGUAGUACGGGGGAAUUGAGACGAGGCAGUUCGACGGGUAGUGCCCUGAAUUUGAACACCGAGCAGCUUCGUCAGGGGAUCAGGAGCCCAAGUGCGAGGAGUCUUAGUCCCAGGACGCCGAGGAAGGAGAGCUUCUUUAUUACGGCGAAGAAUGAUUGGGCGCCUGUUAAUCCCCAGAGGAAGAGUUGGAGGAGGGAGAAGGGUUGGGAGAAGAAGAAGGGGAAGAGGAUUAGGAAGCCUAGACGGAGUAGGGAUGAGACGAGGGAGGGGUAUCUAUAUACGUUGUUGAAAUGGCCCUUCCUUGCGGUUGUGGGCGCGUGGGUGUUGGGUUUGGGCGCGAGUUAUAUGUUGACCCGGCUUUAUAUUUGGCUUUAUGAGCAUUUCAUUGCGUGGAGGGGGAAGAGAGAGAGGUUGAGGAGGAAGUUGCAGAGUGCGGAGUGUUAUGCGGAUUGGGUUAAGGCUGCGAAGGAGCUUGAUCGCUAUUUGGGGAAUGAUAAGUGGAGGGAGGAUGAGACGUUCGCGUACUACGAUCAUAAAACUGUCAAGAGGGUUGUGGAACAGUUGAGGAAGUGUAGGCGGAAGGUGGAGAGUGAGGAGAGAGGGAAUGGCAAUGGGACGAAACAGAAGGCCGUUCUGGACUUGAAGGGUCUGGUUGAGGCGUGUGUGAAGAGUAAUUUUGUGGGUGUUGAGAACUCGAGGUUGUAUUCUCAGACUUAUUAUGGGACGAAGAAUUUGGUGCAGCAGUUUAUUGACGAACGUAAGUUUUUUCCCCUCCUCCUUUCAAUGUUUUCAAUGUUUGAGAAGGAGUUUAGCUGACAUGCAUUAGUUGAGAGAGCGGUCACGUUGCUUGCUGAUACUACUCAAAUUGGAGCUGAAGAGAAGAGAGCUCUGUUCAAAAGAAUGCAGACCAAUUUCGGUCGUACUGCAUUGUGUCUUUCUGGAGGAGCUUCGUUCGCAUACUAUCACUUCGGUGUCGUCAAAGCUCUCCUCGAUGCAGACCUCUUACCAGAAGUCAUCACUGGUACAUCCGGUGGAGCUCUCGUAGCUGCCUUGGUAGCAACACGUACCAACGAGGAACUCAAGAAACUACUCGUUCCAGCGCUUGCUGGUAGAAUCGAUGCUUGCUCUGAACCCUUCUCAACUUGGGGACCACGUUGGUGGAAGACUGGCGCACGAUUCGAUUCUCUCGAGUGGGCUAAGAAGUGCAGUUGGUUCUCAAGGGGAAGCAUGACUUUCAGAGAGGCCUACGAGAGGACCGGGAGGAUCUUGAAUGUUUCCUGUGUUCCUGCUGAUCCACAUUCUCCAACGUAUGUUUCUUCUCCGAAAAACCUCGUGCAUUUAUACUGACGAAAUAUAGAAUUCUUACAAACUACCUCACAAGCCCAGACUGUGUGAUCUGGUCUGCAGUCCUCGCCUCAGCCGCCGUUCCAGGAAUCCUCAACCCAGUCGUCCUUAUGAUGAAAACCCCCAAAGGAACACUAGUUCCCUACUCCUUCGGACAUAAAUGGAAAGACGGCUCCCUCCGCACCGACAUCCCACUCAAAGCCCUAAACCUCCACUUCAACGUCAAUUUUAGCAUAGUCUCCCAAGUCAACCCCCACAUCAACCUCUUCUUCUUCUCCUCCCGCGGUUCCGUCGGCCAACCCGUUACCCAUCGUCGUGGUCGCGGCUGGCGCGGUGGCUUCUUGGGUUCCGCUGCUGAACAGUACCUGAAACUCGACUUGAACAAAUGGCUCAAAGUCCUUCGACACCUCGAACUCCUACCUCGACCCCUCGGCCAGGACUGGAGCGAGAUCUGGCUGCAGCAGUUCUCGGGCACCAUCACCAUCUGGCCCCGCUCCAUCAUCUCCGAUUUCUGGCGCAUCCUCAGUGAUCCCAAUCCUAAACAGCUGGCGCGCAUGCUGCACGUCGGACAGCAGUCUGCCUUCCCGAAACUGCAGUUCCUCGCUAACCGCAUGAAGGUUGAGCGGAUGGUUGAGCGGGGACGGAGGGAGACGAGAUUGAGGAGACGGGGUAGUAUGGAGAGCUUUUUGAGUGAGGAUGAGAUGAGGGGGUUGUUGAGGGAUGAGGGCGCGGUGGAUAGUUCGAGGGAUGGGGAGACGGAUGCGGAGGGGUAUGCGGAUGCGGAAGGGGAGGGAGAGGAGGUUGUUGGAUUGUUUGGGGGUGGGGAGGUUGAUGGGGGGUUUGAGGAUUCGAGUGCGGAGACGGCGGUGGAGGGGGGGUUGUUGGAGAAGGUGAUGGAUUUGGGGAAGGUGGAUGAGUGA